AUGUUGGACAUGGGGGAGAGAAAAGAAGUCAAAAUGAUCCCUAAGUCAUCAUUCAGUAUCAACAGCCUGGUGCCAGAAGCUGUGCAAAAUGACAACCACCCUCCGCCUCACCAUCAUCACCACCACCACCACCACCAGCUUUCCCAACAAGCACACCACCUUCAAUCACACCACAGACCGGUGCAGGAAGAGGACGAGCUAGACAAAACCCUCCUGGAGGUGAAAACUGAAAGCUUGCCACCUGGGAAAAUAGACCCUGCUUCCUCCGAGCUUCCUGGAGUGGAAGAAAAGGAAAAGUCUGAUGAGAAAAAGGUGGAUGGUGGUGGGAAGGAUGGAGAGAGUGGAAAGGAAGGGGAAAAGAAGAACGGCAAAUACGAGAAGCCCCCCUUUUCUUACAAUGCCUUGAUCAUGAUGGCCAUCCGCCAGAGCCCAGAGAAGCGCCUGACCCUCAAUGGGAUCUAUGAGUUUAUCAUGAAAAACUUCCCAUAUUACCGGGAGAACAAACAAGGCUGGCAGAACUCCAUCAGGCAUAACCUCAGCUUGAACAAGUGUUUUGUCAAAGUCCCCCGCCACUACGAUGAUCCUGGGAAAGGGAACUACUGGAUGUUGGACCCUAGUAGUGAUGAUGUCUUUAUUGGUGGGACCACUGGGAAACUACGCAGGAGAUCUACAACAUCUAGGGCUAAAUUGGCUUUCAAACGAGGGGCCAGGCUCACCUCCACAGGACUGACUUUUAUGGAUAGGGCUGGCUCCUUGUAUUGGCCUAUGUCACCUUUUCUUUCUUUGCAUCACCCAAGGGCCAGCAGCACUUUGAGCUACAAUGGGACAACCUCAGCCUACCCCAGCCACCCCAUGCCCUACAGUUCAGUGUUGACUCAGAAUUCAUUGGCCAACAAUCAUUCAUUUUCCACGUCCAAUGGCCUGAGUGUAGACAGACUUGUCAAUGGGGAUAUACCCUAUGCCACCCAUCAUCUCACAGCAGCUGCUCUGGCUGCCUCAGUGCCAUGUGGGCUGCCAGUACCUUGCUCUGGUACCUAUUCCUUGAACCCUUGCUCUGUGAACCUUUUAGCUGGACAAACAGGCUACUUUUUUCCCCAUGUACCUCACCCAAUAACUUCUCAAAGCAGCACUUCAAUGACGGCCAGAGCAGCUUCUUCAUCCUCCUCGCCCCAGGCUCCUUCCACCCUUCCCUGUGAGUCCCUAAGACCUUCUUUGCCAAGUUUUACAACAGGACUAUCUGGAGGACUUUCUGAUUAUUUCACACAUCCAAAUCAGGGUUCUUCAUCCAACUCUUUGAUACAUUAA